CCCGCGGACAGGCAGACGCUGCUGCGGCUCCUCGUGGAGAUCGUCCAGGAGCUCAAGAAGUUCCAGUCGGGGGGACACAAGGGGCCGCCGCUGCUCGGCGGGGACUUCGCCCUGGGCCGCAGGGAGGCCGCGGACGACGGCGCCGCCCCGGAGGAGCAGCGGGUGGAAAUUGUUCCUCGAGAUCUAAGGAUGAAGGACAAGUUUUUGAAACACCUCACAGGUCCUCUUUAUUUUAGUCCAAAGUGCAGCAAACACUUCCACAGACUUUACCACAACACCCGAGACUGCACCAUUCCUGCAUAUUAUAAAAGAUGUGCCAGGCUUCUCACCCGGCUGGCUGUCAGUCCAAUGUGCAUGGAAGGCUGAGCAGUGAGCAGAGCUGUAAAGGAGCAACACACCAGGAACCAUGAGAAGUGCCUUGCAAACCAACGGGGAAGCAGAACUCCUGUCUUCAUCAACAGAUUCCCUUGUGAACAAGAGAUUUAUUUUUGCAGACAAGACUUCCGUAAUUCCUUUGAGUUUCGUAUGUUGCUGCCACUGUUUGCAGAUACACAAGUAUAUUUGCUAAAUUAGGGUACCUGACAGUGAUGCUUGCCAG